AUGGCACCAGUGAGUCUGGCUAUUCACGCGCCGGGCGCCGACCUGACUCCCGCCGUGAACAGCAUCAGAUACUUACGGGAUUGUCUGAGCGACGAGAUAGUUAAGCAGUUUGUGACCUUCCACAUCUUCUUCUCUCAUAAGCAUAUUCCUAGUAAGAUUCCAGACCCAGACGUGCUACUCCAAACACCAUACAACUGCUCUGGCAAGCCGCCAUACGAAAAUGUGAACUCGACUUAUAUGAAAGAGAAAAAUCUGCUGUACCCAGUAAAUGUCGCACGAAAUGUUGCAAGAGAUGCCGCAAUUACACAUUACAUUCUUCCUUCUGAUAUAGAGUUGUACCCUAGUCCGAAUUUAAUACCGCGUUUCUUGAAUAUGAUUGCGAGGAACGCAAAGCCAUUAAGCACAUCUACCAAGCCAAGAGUCUUCCCAAUAAGUAUAUUCGAAGUUGACGCCAAAUAUCAGGUGCCAUCUUCAAAAACAGAGCUUCGUGCCAUGUUGGCGAACAAAACAGCAAUACCAUUUCAUAAAUUCGUUUGCCCCAACUGCCACAAUAUACCACAGGGGCAGCAAUGGAUGAAUGCGGCUGAGACCAAUCAGAUGGAUGUAUUUCACGUUGGUAAGCGACGUGGUAAAUUCGUGCAUUGGGAGCCGAUUUUCAUCGGAACUCACCAGGAUCCCUAUUAUGACGAGCGGCUAAGCUGGGAUGGAAAGAAGGAUAAAAUGACGCAGGGCUACAUCCUUUGCGUAAAGGAUUACGACUUUAUGAUAUUAAACAACGCAUUCCUUAUCCACAAGCCUGGUAUAAAGCAUUAUGUGAAAAACGCAAAACGGGACUCCAUAGCCGGCCGACAGUCCGCAGUUGUUAAAAGUAUUAUAAUGCCCGAAUUGAAGAAGCUGUUUGGUACGAGAAAUGGCUGCGCGCUGUGA